AUAAAAAUUAUUCAAUCCAAGUAUUUGAAUUGAUUUGAGUUAAUUCAUAUAAGUAUAAUCCAUACCGUGAAGAGCCGGAUAGAUGCUAGCACCAAUGGCGGCAAGCGCACUGUAUAGUUCCCCUAUAUUCCUUCCUCCUCUCUGGCACCCUAAACCUAUGCACCCCCUCUGCUGCUUCAACCCUCCUCCUUCCAUUAGCCUCUCCAGGUCAAAGUUUUCUGGUGCAGCAGUGGCACCCCAAAAGCUUCCCCGUCGGGUGUUUAGAGUACGCGGCUUGCUGGGUCACGAUUCUGGGACUGCCCCACAACCAGAAACACCCAAUUCUGAAGCGGGUACUAGUAUUGACUUAAAUCUUCCAAGAAGAAGUUUGCUUGUACAGUUUACAUGUAACUUGUGUGGUGAAAGAACAGAGAGGCUUGUAAAUCGGUUAGCUUAUGAAAGGGGUGCUGUUUUUGUACAGGAUGUCUACAGCAUCACAAACUAGUUGACAAUCUGGGACUUAUCACAGAAUAUGACUUUCGGGAGAAAAUAAACAUAGACUCAGAAACUGAUCAAGUUUGAUGUAAUAACAUAUAAAACUAGAAUUUGUGUGACAUUUCUGAUUAUUUCCAUCAUUCAAAAUUUCAGAUCCAUUAAUAUUUCUGAGCAAAGAUCACAACAACAAAAAUGGAAAGAAUCAUAGGUAUAGAUUCUCAUCA